CGCGGAGGAGGCCAUGCGGGCUCAAGUGUCUGUGAUCCUCCCCGUCCACAAUGCGGAGCCCUGGUUGGACGAGUGCUUGAGGUCUGUUUUGCAGCAGGACUUCGAAGGCUCCAUGGAGCUCUCGGUUUUUAAUGAUGCCAGUAAGGACAAGUCUAUGGCUAUCAUUGAAAAAUGGAAAGUGAAGCUAGAAGGUUCCGGUAUCCUCGUAGUCAUUGGAGGGCACGAUUCUCCUUCUCCCAGAGGAGUCGGAUAUUCUAAAAACCAAGCAAUAGCACAGAGCUCAGGGUCUUACCUGUGCUUUUUGGAUUCGGACGACGUGAUGAUGCCUCAGAGGGUGAGGCUGCAGCUCGAAGCCGCCGUCCGGCACCCAACAAGCAUCAUAGGCUGCCAAGUGAGGAGAGAGCCCCCCAACUCCACGGAGCGGUACACGCGCUGGAUCAACCAGCUGGCGCCUGAGCAGCUGCUCACUCAGGUCUUCACCUCCAAUGGCCCAACUGUGGUCAUGCCCACCUGGUUCUGCUCGCGAGCAUGGUUUUCUCACGUGGGCCCGUUCGACGAGGGAGGGCAGGGCGUGCCCGAGGACCUGCUGCUCUUCUACAACCACCUCAGGAAGGGCGGCGGCGUCGGACGGGUGGACCAGAGCCUGCUCCUCUACCGCUACCACCCCGGCGCGGCCACGCACUCCGUGCUUGAGGCCACCAUCUGGACCCACCGAGUCCGCUUCCUGGAAGAGCGGGCUUUGCCACACUGGGCAACCUUCACCAUCUGGAACGCAGGCAAGCAGGGCCGCCGGCUCUACCGCAGCCUCACAGCAGGGGCGAGGCGCAAGGUGGUUGCCUUCUGCGACGUAGACGAGAACAAGAUCAAGAAGGGCUUUUACUGCUACGAGGACUCUCAGGAAAAGCCCAAGCCCCGGGUGCCCAUCCUGCACUUCCGAGCCGCCCGCCCGCCCUUCGUCAUCUGUGUGAAGCUGGACCUUACUGGGGGUGCAUUUGAGGACAACCUGAGGUCGCUGCACCUGCAGGAGGGCCGGGACUUCCUUCACUUCAGCUGAAAGGCCACAGCAGCCAUGGAGUCCUGCAGGUGACAAGGGAUCAGGGGCCUUCGGGAAGGACAGCCAUGUGGCCGUGUGGGAAUGGCAGGCCCCGCGUGGGAGACCUUCACUUGGCAGGGGGGGCAGGAGGGGUGUGUUCUGAUUGGGUAGGAUCCACACCCUCACUGGGCACCUGACACGUGCCCACACACCAUGGCCUCUUCGGAGAACAUUCGCCACGUGGAGUGCCUGCGUGUGGGCACUGCCAUCUGGCGCCGUCUGGGUGGACGUGCGCUCAUCUGUCAAAGUGAGCACCCUGGGGUGCAGCUACUGCGCUUGACCUCAGGAGAUGGGUGCGAGUCAGACCGCCCGGCGAGAACAGCUGUGCUCAGCGCCCGGUGGUGGGGCAUCAGGCAGCAGAGGGCAAGGGGCUCAGGGCCUGCCGGGGGCUGUGGCGGGAAGGGGAGCACAUUGGUUUCCACUGGUCUCAGUUGGAAAUGGAGCAAAAAUUAGGGGAGCUGGCACGUACUGCCCACUUCCGGGGAUGGACGGGCUGCUGCCGGCACUGGGCAGGAGCUGAGGUUGGAUGGCUGGUCUGGCAUCGUCUGCGUCCAGCCUCCCAGUCCUAGGACCCCACCCCUCCCAGUGGCCCCACCCAGGCCAGGAGAACAAAUCCCAAAGAGCUUUUCCCUAAAUGUGGGGUCUCCUGGUCCCGCGUUCCUCCUCACGUCUGAGACCUUCCGCUCAACCCUUUCCUGCUGCUGACGUCCAUCCACAAGGAGACAGCUUGUCAUCACACCUGGAAAGGGGUUUGCACAGGACUGUCCCCACAACAAAGAACCAUCCAGCCCCGAUGUCAACAGUGAAAAACCAGCCACAGGCUGGAGAGCCCGUCCUACCUAUGGCUUGACUGCUCUCUUUCUUGAAUCCCUUCCACUAGGCGCUCAGUCCUGCCACGGAGUCUCAGCACCAGGGCGAGCUGAUCCAGCCUCUCGAAUCCUCGGCUGCUGGGACUCGGGCAGCAGGGGCACCGCCGUGUGCACAGCAGCUCACGGGGGAGCCCGUCCUGUGUGGACCGCUGGGCCUCUGCAUCGAGGACGGCUGCCUCCCAACAAGUGUGGGCGCCUGCACGGUCCGCAUCCCAGCCCCCGGGACACAGGUCCCUCCUCUCAGGGUCUCCUGACUCUGCCUACAUGUUUCCCAGCUGUUCUUCCCGACAGUGUCUGCAGGUCUUCCUGUCCGCAUUCUCUCCUCAGCCGUGUCCACGAGGUUGUUUAAUCCAUGGAGCAUUUUGUCUUUAAACUCUUCUUGAUAAACUCAUUUUAUAUUUCGUA